AUGAUCAGAUUCGCUGCUCCUUUUUACCUUGGUUUAAUAACCCUCACCAUUCUGGAAGCCAAUGAUCUAGUCUUCCAAGUGGACAAGUCAUCCAGUCCUGCAUGCUACUUUCAGCUCGAAUGCACCGGCAAGACUGCGCAAGGAGUGGAGAAAGUGCGUGUUCCCAUCCGCUCUGCUCAAGGUCCUCCCGGACCCAAAGGAGACAGGGGCCCUCGAGGUCUUCAAGGUCUCAUGGGUCCUCCUGGCCCUCCCGGUCCUCCCGCAAAAGCGCCACCAAUAGUGCCCCAGUCUUCGCGCCCACCACAGAUCGCCUUCUACAUUGGCCUAUCCCAGAAUAUUGACCAAAUUCCUGCUGGAGAUAAUUGUCCUCUCAUCUUCGAUUCGGUCAUUCUCAAUGUGGGUGGCUUCUACAAUGCCACUAACGGCAUCUUCACCACCAAAAUUAGCGGUGUGUAUAGCUUUCUACUGGUGGUGUCAGCCCGCAGCUAUGAGAAGGCAAGUGCGUGGCUAAUGCUGAAUGGACAGAAGGUGUUGUCGGUCUGGUGUGAGAGCAAGCCCUGGGCAAGCACAACUAACCGGGCCAUUCUCCAACUAAAACGUGGUGACAAACUCUGGCUCCAAUGCAGCAAGGAGGCAUACCAUCUUCACGGCUAUCUCUAUAGCAGUCUCUCAGGCCAUAUGCUCUUCCCAGCCUCAGAAGGGGAUGAGUGA